AUGGGUCGGUCUAUCAAUCACAAAAAGACAGAAUACCAAAGAAUUGAUGGACCAAUUCAACUAUCUUUCUCAGACUUGGAUUUUGGAUACGAUGUCGAGCUAUUUGUAAAUGCACCAGAUCCUGAAUUCAUCUGUACUAUCUGCCACGGUGUGCUCAAAGGUCCUGUAGAGCUCUCCUGCCAACAUGUCUUUUGCAAAGGCUGCAUUUCAAGCUGGCUUGUGAGGAAGCAUGAUUGUCCAUGUUGCAGGAAAAAGGUGAAAGGUGUGACUCGAUCUGUGAUUCCUAUGAUUCACAACAUGAUUGGACGAUUAAUAAUGAAGCAUUGUAAUGUUUCAAAUGCAUUGUGACCACAAGAACCACAACUAAAGAAGAUGGAUCACUAGUAGUGGCAACUAACCCAGUAAAUCUCUCUGAAAUCCCAUGAAAUUGUUCACCGAAUUCAAACAGCACACCUGCUAGCCUGUGGACUAGGACCAGGAUAAAUGACCAUGAAAGUUGCUGCUUUAUUUAUCUUAAGUUUGACUGAUUUGUCUUUGGGGGAAUUGCAUGUACCACUUUGACAGAAGUUCUUGACUCAUAAUCUGUAUUGCAUUAAAUUUAUUUUUGUUGACUUCUAACAAAAAUGGCUUUGUAAAGUCAUAGGUAUAUAACAAUCCACCUGGAAUGCUAGCAAGGUGCAGUAAAUUUGUCUUGUCAAUGUAACCAUUGUCAUGGUCCGGUCUGUGGACUCCGGACUCCAGGUCUUCCAGCUGUCCCCUGUUUCAGUUGGGCUUAAUCAUAGGCACCUGAUGCUCACCUUGGGGCUGGGAAUAUAAGUGGCCCUGGGUUCGAGUGUGGUUGCUGGUUCAUCUCGUCAGUAUCCUGUCCUCACCUCCAUGGGGUAAGUCAGGCUGUCUUUGCCGUUGCUCUGAGGCUGGACUGUUCCUUUCCUUUCCCUUCCUUCUGAAGCCUUGCCCCGCAACCUUGUCAAGUUCUACCACCGGAGCGAGACUGGAGCCUUGCUGUGUCAAGAUAAGGAACCGUCUGUGGCUAUGCCUUCGCUAGGUAGGUCCAGCUGUUUGCCGCUACCUAGUGUCAGGAACUUUCUCGUCGUGUUCAGCAUUCUGUGUAGUGCCCCGGCCCCAAGUCCUGUUCCCAAGGAGGGGUCUGGGCUCUGUAUUCCAUGUACGAGUCCCAGCCCUAAGUCCUGUUCCCAAGGAGGGAUCCCGGCUCUGUGUUCCUGUCUGUCAAGUCCAAGGCUCCGUGUUCCCAUGUUCUAGACCAAGGCUCUGUGUUCCUGUCCUCCCCAAGACCAAGGCUCUGAGUUCUGCGUUCCUGUCGUCCCAAGUCCAAGGUUCCAAGGUUCCGAGGUUCCUGUCAUCCCAAGUCCAAGGCUCGGCUGUUCCUAAGUACCAAGUCAAGGCUUCGUGUUCUCAUCCUAUCCAUGUGCUUCGUCCUGUGCUGGCGUUCCCUCACCCUGUAAUGGAGUUCCCUCGUCUUGCCCAGGAGUCUCUCGUUCUGUCCUGUAGCCUUGCCUAGUCCUGUCGCCCAAGACCACGUCAUGUCUUCACCUAGUUCCAGAGUCCGAACCCGAGUCAAGACCCAGGUUUUAGGUCCUUGUCCAGUUUUUGGCUCGGAGUUCGAACCCAAGCCUCUUCAUGUCCUCGCCUCGAAGAACCCAAGCCAUGUCCAGCCCUGUAGCCAUGUCAUGUCCUUGCCUAGUUCCGGGGUCCGAGCCCGAGUCAAGACCCAUGUUCUGGGUCCUUGUCCAGUCUCCGGCUCGGAGUCCAAGCCCAGGCUCCUAGUUCCCAGUCCCUUGUCCUGGUCCCACUUGCCUAGCCAAUGUCCUAGCCCAAGUCUGUGUUCUUGUCCCAGCUCUCUAGUCAAUUCCUGUUCCUAGUACUUCAGUGUCUGUGUCUUGCAUUUGGGUCCGCUCCAGCGUGCCUCCCCCCACCCCGUUAUGCCAACCAUCUUAAAUUUUUUCAUGCAAC